AACCUCAAAUUGACGAAACCAAAAGUGUUAACUUUUUAUUUUCGUUUUGGUCGAUUUUGUUAAAAAUUUAACUAAAAUGGCUACGAGACAGCUUUUAAUCGCGGCUGCUUUACGUGAAGAACGAUUGGAGCGUAGAAGGAACCGGCGCCGCCUGCGUAAUCAAUUAAAUAUUUCAAAUAUUCCCGAUCUAGAGUUUGUCGGAAAUUACAGACUCAGUCGGGAAUUAUUCGAGGAGUUGUGCCAGGACAUAGUGCCUUUAUUGCCUCCAAAGGGAAGACGACAUGGAAUCGAGCCCACACUUAAAAUACUUACUGCUUUGAACUUUUAUGCCCGAGGAAGUUACCAGGGGUCAGUGGGACAAAAUAUGGAUGGGCCCAUGGCACAACAGACAGUGUCCCGUUGUUUACAAGAGGUAACAACUGCACUUAAUGCACCUCACUUACUAAGGAAGCACAUAAGAUUCCCACAAAAUAGGAAUGAAAGGAAUCUUAUUAAGCAGAAAUUUUAUGAUAAAUAUGGGCUACCCGCUGUGGUGGGGUGCAUUGAUUGUUCACAUGUAGCCAUAGUGAGGCCUUCGGAGCACGAGGAACGAUAUUUUAAUCGAAAACAUUUUCAUUCGAUUAAUACUCAAGUUGUAAGUUUAUGUACAAUAUUUUAAUGUUUUUAUUAUGACAUUCACUAUUUUAUUACUUACAUUUUAUCCUAUGUUACAUUGAUGGAAAUUCUUUUUCAGAUAUGUGACAGUGAUUUAUUAAUUACAAAUGUUGAUGCUUCAUAUGGUGGAGCAACUCACGACGCUUAUAUUUGGAGGGAAUGUGAGAUAAGAAACCACUUGGAGGGUUUCCAGGAUGAAACAGUUUAUCUAUUAGGUGAUUCUGGUUAUGCUCUAAGGGAGCAUAUGAUGACACCUGUAGAUAAUGCUGUUGAGAACUCUCCAGAGGGAAGGUACAAUUACCUCCAAAAACGUGUACGCUGCACCAUAGAACGCACAUUUGGUGUAUUGAAGGGUCGAUGGAGAUGUCUUUUGGCAGCUAGGGAACUCCAUUACUGCCCAGAAACAGCAGGUAAAAUUAUAUUAGCCUGCUGUGUUUUACACAACAUGUGUAUAAGGGCUGGUAUUGAAGGUCCCGAGUUGACUGAAGAGGAACACCAAUCGGAGAGAACCAGGCAGGUUCCCUUUGAAACAGCCGCAUCUUCUACUCAAGCUCUACAGGCAGGUCGAAGGGCAAGGAAUUCAUUAAUACAAAUGUUAGAAAGGAACCGGUAAGAUAAACUCAAACCAAACAAUUAUGCAAGUAGAUUAAAAUAAACUCAAUUAAAAACUUUUUUUUGUUUUAGGAGAUAAUCAUCAUCAUCAUCAUAUCAGCCACAUUUAAGCCGUUUAUUUGUGAUUAAGUAACAAUCAAAAUCCAUACUUUUUCAUUUAUAAUAUUAUAGGAUUAGGAAUUAAUAUUACUGAAAUGUAUGGCACUCACUUCUUACCUAAAACAUACACUUCUUAUCUUGUUAUAAUUGUAAGCAAUGCGUUUUUUUUAAUGUUAACUUUUAUGUCUAAUGAAUUUAGUUAAUAUUGCAUAUUGUACAACAUUAUCUAUUUAGGUAUGAAUUUUCGAGUAGGUACCUAGUAGACAGUGUUUUCUCAACUAGUUGAAAGUUAUUUUCUCUUACCUUUUCGAUGUGUAGAUAAUAAAUUUCAAUACCUGCCCAUUGUAUGUAAACUUUUGUUAAUUUUUGUGAUGUAAAAUUACAUUACCUUAAAGGUCAUUUUACAAAUUUGAUGACUCUGUAGUCUGUAUGAAAUAUUAUACAAGCAGAAAAAAAUCAGCCCUUAACGAGUUUCUUGCCGGUUCUUCUCGUUACAAGGUCUCCCGCUUAGGGUUUGAGAACCGAUGGCGUAGCUUCUUUGACAUUCACAAGUGCUUGUAACAGCCUAGAUUAAAAUAUUUUUAGGCAUAAAAUUAGUUCUGUUUUAUUUUUUCACCUACUUAUCGUUAUCCUACCUACCUAGAUGUUCAUAAAAUGGCAACAAAUAUUUACUUAAUCCUUACCUAUGACAUUGCAGAUAUUUUGUCACAUACAGAGAAAAUAAUAACUUCUAUGAUUUUAAAUACUUAACAGUAUCUUUAUAUUAUAUCGAAUUAUGGUCAUGAUAAUCAACUCUCAGUAAUAAUAAAGUUCUUAUUUUAGCUUUCUUAAUCUGAAAGUACAAAUAGUCUCAAAAAUAGUAAAAAGAAACAAUAGUAUUCAAAAAUAAAUUUAUUUAAAACCUAACGCCUAUUUUGCCUUAAAAACUCUAAAUAAUCAAGUCCAGGCUCUGCUGCUGCAGUUGGCUUCCUUGACUGUAGGUUGAUGGUCUGGAUUCAUUCGUCUGAAAUGAAUAUAAAAGAUUGAAUGCUUAAUGUUUAAGUGAAGUAUUAAUUUUUAAUGACUACCACAAUACAAAUUGUAUUGUAUUUUUACCUGAUGGGUUAAAAAAAGUAGCAUACUCACAUAGAAAAAUAAUUUUGUAAAUAAAAAUCAUAUAUCAUUAAGAUAAAUAUUUGAACAUAUCAAAGUUUAGAAAUAGGGAAACCAAAGAAUGAUGAGGUACUUACUUCAGUGAAAGCUGGCACUCUGGCUCCAAUUUGGCGGUCACCGAACCCAUCUCCAAUUAUGGAUAAUACUUUUAAUUCCGAAUGGGAGAGUUGGGGUGCCACUGAUGGACCACCUCCAGUCAUUGAAGCCGACCUCCGGGAAUCAGCAGCGGCUUUUUUGGCCAGAUGUUUUCUAUCAAACCAUACCUAUCC